AUGAGAAUAGGAAACGCUGUCAAUAGUUAUUUUAAAGUUCAACACAUUUCAAAAAAUUACCUAAAAAGGACUAAAUCAGCUGACAAUCAACUGACCAUAUUCAAAAAUAGGGGUUUUAUUAACCGUAAAAGGAAUAUUAGAUUGCACAGACAAUCCUCUGUCGCCAAUACAGAUACUAGCAGCUCCGACCGUGGACCAUUAAGUAGAUACUUGGAUAACUUAAAAUGCCAUGUAAACGUCUGGGGAUCUUCACUGGUUGAACUUGAGGUUAAACUCGACGGUUUGAAGUACUUGAGAAGCCGAAGUAGGUUUCUAAGGAAGUUUGGUAGCAUAGAAUUGGUGUCAAACGGACGUAGGUUUGCGCCUAACGAGGUUCAGUUAUUCUCGCUGAGGCCACAACUAACAGGGUCUGACCUUUUAAUCAACGCCCCGAAGGGCUCUGGGAAAACGUUUUUAUAUCUGCUGCCGCACCUUGUGUACAAUUACCUGUUCAACAACUACGACAGUUUCAUUAAGAACUCAGGGCUUAACCUUGAUAAUCAUAAGGUAGCUGUGUUGCUUCCAACGAUUGACAUGGUGUUGGAUGAUAGUAGGACGGCGAACGGGUGUUUUAAAAGAUAUAGGAAGGUGGCAAGUCUGCUCUACAAAAACCUGGCGUUAAACGAUUUGGACCACGUGGUGGACUCGGAUUUGAUAUACUCAACGCCGAAGAGUUUUUUAAAGUUACUGGUGAGGGACAGCUCAGUUCGUUCUAGUGUGCGAUUUGUCGUGGUUGAUGAAUCGGAGAGGAUGAUUGUGGGAGAGUUUGCGUACCUAUUGGCAAGAAUAAAGAGUCUGUUGCCAGUCGACUCACAAUUUAUUUUUCUCUCGAACUUUAGUCACAACCAUCCACUGCACCAGUUUGCCUCUAGGUUUCUCAAGUUAAAUUUUAAAAUCAUAUCAUUCACGAAUAGGGCCGAAAAGAGGACUAAGCUAAUUCGGCACAUAUAUGGGCCGAUAAGAAGCAUCGACAAACACGUACAAAUAUACAAUUCAAUUAACUCGAAUGAUCCAACUGGCUUAGACAAUGAUGGUGUAAAUGCGUCCUUAAUUGAAAACACCAAUAAAGAACAUAUUACACAGGUGGAUGGACCACCUGAAGGCGACAUGGUUAAGAGGCUGGAGUCAAGAAUAAGGCUGAACAGAGAUGCAAUACUAAACACUAAAAACAGAGUUGCUUUGAAUGAUUUUAAAAUAGAAUACGUACUCUAUGAACCGUCAAGAUUCUUGGACGCCCUAACUAAUGAAUUGGACGUGAAUAGGAAGACGCUGGUAUACUUUCCGACUGUGAGGAUGUGCCAGUUUUGCUACAUUUACAUAAAACACUACCUGAGGAGAUUUAGCCGUGCCAAUGGCCUUGUCGAUGGCGAUACGUUCAUGUUUUACGAUUUUCACACCGGCCUCAGUUUAGAAAAGAGGAGAUAUGUGCUCGAUAGCUUCAAGUUAGCAGCCAGAGGAAUUCUCUUCUGCACAAACCUGGCGAUUGGCAUUAACUUUCACAACGUAAGCAAGGUGAUACAGGUCUCAUUUGUCUUUAACGUCUAUGAGCUGCUGAACAAGUUCGCGCACCCAGUACGCAACAUAAAUGGCCACUCCGAUCGUGGCCAUUCAGUAGAGAGUGUGCUUCUUUUAAACAAUCUUGACGGGCACAUUUUGUACGAGUAUUAUAAAAAUGAUGUUAGUGUGAGCUAUAAAAGUUCAUUCACAGCCUCCAGUGCACACGAUGCCAGUUUAGACCUUAGGCGUUCUAAUUUCGAUGUUUACUUGCUCAACAGCUGUGAGUUAAUGUAUAGAAGUUUACUCGGCUUCUAUUCCGAAAAUGCUCAGAGGCUCAAGUUGGACAGGUGGAUGAUUCCUAGCUUCCUAAAUGAGUUUUUACUCUCGUUCGGAGUCACGCAACCUUUUAGUGUUUCUAAACAUUUCGCCCUUAGGACUCAGCUAAUUGAUUCGCCGGGUCUGGAGGUCUCUCGUUGCUCCAACAGAAAGUCUGAGCUUAUUUCCGCUUUAAAGGCGUAUCCAGGGUUUAUUUCCAAGUCACGGCAGGCCAACAUUACAGUUUAA